AUGCCAGGAAGAUUGAUUGACCGAUACGAGCAAGUCCCAGUGACCAAGGAGAACUUGGAUUGGGCAGAGUUGGCCACUCUUGACUUGAGCCUCUUUGACCAACCUGGCGGCAAGCAAGAGCUCGUCAAGCAACUCGACCACGCCGUCCGCAACAUUGGCUUCUUCUACGUCAAAAAUUUCAACAUCAGUCAGGAAGAAGUCGAUCGCCAAUUCGCUCUGGGCCGAGAAUUCUAUGCUCUACCUCUGGAGGAGAAGCUCAAGUAUCACAACGAGAGUGACCUGGUCAAGGGAGAGUACAACGGAUACAGACCGGCUGGGAAUCGAAUUAUCGGAAAUGGCAUCAAGGAUAAUAUCCAGGUGUACAACAUUCCCAAGUUUGACGGCUUCCAUGAGCGCCACCAGCCACCUGUUCUCGGUGCCAACAUCAAGGAGAUUGAAGCCUUCAGUCGUAAAUGCCACGACGAAGUCGUAGUCAAACUCCUCCGCCUCUUCGCAAUCCUCCUCGAACUCCCCGACGAAGACCAACUCGUCCGCGCCCACCAAUACGACGUCAAAGGCGAAGAUCACCUCCGCUACAUGCACUACGCUGCCCGGGGCCAAGAGGAGAACCAGAAGCUUGGCGCCCUGUACGUCCCCGGACACACAGACCUUGGCACGUUGACACUUCUGUUCCGUCAGCCUGUUGCCGCCCUGCAGAUCCUCAACUCGGAGGGCCAGUGGAAAUGGGUCAAGCCGCAGGAUGGGACUAUUACUAUUAAUACUUGUGAUGCUUUGACGGCUUUGACGGGUGGGCUUAUCAAGUCGAGUGUUCAUCGGGUGCAUGCGCCUCCAGCGGAUCAGGCACACAUUGACCGACUGGGUGUGUUGUACUUUGCCAGACCCAACAACAAUGUAGUUCUAGACCCCAUCGAUAAUAGCCCCCUUCUCAACAGGCUUGGUUUGACAUCCAACGUGUUUACGGAACUGGGCCAGCAUCUGACAACAGAGCAAUGGGUCAAGGUCCGCCAGACGCAGCAGCAGCGUCCAACAAGCGGUGCCAAGAUUACCGAUGGAAAGUACGAGCACAGCAAGAAGGAUUUGGAGAUUCUCCCUGGACUGCAUGCCAAAAUUCAUAACUAG